AAAUCAGGGAUCAAACCUGUGUCCCCUACAGUGGAAGCUCAGAGUCUUAACCACUGGAUCACCAGGGAAGUCCUCACAAAACCUUCAAUUGUAAAAAAAGAAACCACACUAUCUGCAAAGUACAAUAAAGCAAAGCACAAUAAAAUGAGCUGUGUUUGUAUAGAAAUAUUACCUAAAGAGGGAAUUCAUUGGCAAUCCUGUGGUUAGGACUCCAUGCUUCCCCUGCAGUGGGCGUGGACCAGAUUAGAUCCCUGGUCAGGGAACUAAGAUCCCCUACAAGUGUGUGGUGCAGCCAAAAAAACCAAAUUGAAUUGAAGGUUUGUGGCAGCUCUGUGUCAAGCAAACCUGUUGGCACCAUUUUUUCCAACAGCAUUUGCUCACUUUGUGUCUUUCUCAAAUUUUGGUAAUUCUCUCAAUAUUUCAAACUUUUUAUUAUUAUGUUUGUUAUGGUGAUUUGUAAUCCAUGAUCUUUCAUUUACUUCUACAACUCACAGAAGGCUCAGAUGAUGGUUAGCAAUUUUUAAUGAGAAAGUAUUUUUAAAUUGAGAUAUGUACUCUGUUUUAGACAUAAUGCUAUUGCACACUUAACAGACUACAGUAUUAUGUAAACAUAACUUUUAUAUGCACUGGGAAAUAAAUUCUUGUCACUAGCUUUAUUGCAAUACUUGCUUUAUUGUGGAGGUCUGGAACUGAACCUGGAAUAUCUCUGAGUUAUGCCUGUACAGAUAACCCCAUAUUUGUCCUCUAACCAAAAUCUUCUCCAGAUUCCUCUUUCCAGUUGAGUUCUUUAUGUCUGUACUAAGAUACCCACCUCAGAAUGUUUGUGUCAAAAUACACACCGAUUUUCCCACGUUAAAAAUCUCUUUCCCUGGUGUUCCUCACCAACUUAAGCUGGAACUUCUAGUCAUUUAGGCCAAAUACCUGAGGAAAAUCUUUAAUUCCUCCUUUUUAUUUACAUUGAAUUCAACAGUGAAUGUUGUUUUUUCCUUCUAGAUGUGCCUUGAGUUCCUUGACUUGUCCACAUGUACACUGUUGUUGCUCCAGACCAAGCCACUGUUGUCUCUUGUCUGAUUACUUCAUUAACUUUCUCUUCCACACUUCUUCCUCUCCCAUCACUAUCCACACAGCAGUCAGCAAUCUUUUGGAAAUAUAAAUCAGAACCCCCCACCUCCUCAGAGCUUCUAGUGGCUCAUCACUAGUCUUAGCAUUAAAUUCAGAUUCUUCUACCAUAUCUACAUAGUAUGACUUCUGUCUACCUUUUGAACUUAAAGUUUUCCUUCUCCCUAUGUAACUGUUCCAUUCAGGGCCCACUGGCUACCUUUCUGUUUCUUUACUUGGCCAAACCUUUCCUUUGUCAAGGCUUUUACACUGCUGUCAUACUUGAGUGAAACAUGAAGUUACUUACAUGAAGCUGCUUAAUUUUUAUUCCUAGUUUCUUGGCUCACCUUUUAUUUCCUCACAGGGCAUUGUUCUUUUUCAUGUGCUGGGAACCACUUUUCAGUGUGAAUUUGUCUUAUUUCUUUGCUUCCAUUUUGUUCUCUUUUGCCCAGGGGAAUGCAGAAAAUGUGUUUCUCUUUGGUGUGUAUUCAGAUGCUGUGACAGCACAUGAUACAUAUUAGACAUUCAAUAAAUAUUGGGGGAGAGAAUGGAUACAUCCUCCAUCAUGUUAGAUCAGAAUGUCUCCAACUUAUUUUAUUUUGUGUUAAUGACACAUAUUUCUACUUUGUCCUCUUUUGCCGGUUUUGCAAGGAUCUCUUUGGAGAGUACCAAAUAUUUUACUAAUUGAGAAUUGUCUGCCACUGAUUCUAUAUCUUUGUUUUUUUUAGAUGUUAUGACCUUAUUGUGUUUACCCCCAUUUUCAAGAAGUAAAUUUAUACUUAAUGAUUUUUUUCAUAUGACAUAAUUGUCACAGAGAGCUAGCCCAAACCAUUUCAUUUUAGAAGCAGUUUUAUUGCAUAUCCUGAUUAUGAAAGAAUUCAUUUUCUUUCUAGAAGUUGGUGAUCCUAUGCAGCAAUCCUUGGAAAUCCAAUACAAGCAUAAAAAUAUGGAAAGAGGCCAUGAAUUCAGUUCUUUGGGAAAUAUUUUUUGUCUGCGUGGAAAUCUUGUUACUUUAAGGCAAAGCCAUGAGAAGUUUGACAUACUGAAUUCUAAUUUAGAUUUAGUUAACCAGAAUAGAAGCUCCAUGGCAAAAAAUCCUGACAAGUUUAAUAAAUACGAGAAAUCAUUUCUUCAUAGUAAGCAUGAAAAACAUUACACUGGAAUUAAAUGCAAUAAACAUGGAAACACUCUCCACACCAAUUCAAAACUCAGUAUACAUCAGAUUGAAAAAGGAAAGAAACAUGAGUGUAUGGAAUGUGGUAAAAUCUUCAUCAAAAAGUCUCAACUCACUGUACACCAUAGAACACAUACAGGAGAGAAGCUGUAUAAAUGCCUUAAAUGUGGUAAAACCUUCUGUAGAAAGGCAGAGCUUAAUAUACAUAUGCAAGUUGAACAAGGAAUAAAACCCCACGCGUGCAGUGAGUGUGGGAAAACCUUCUCUAGGAAGUCUCAGCUCCUUGUACAUCAGAAAACUCACACAGGAGAGAAACCAUAUAUGUGCAGUGAAUGUGGGAAAGGCUUCAUCCAGAAGGGUAACUUCCUUAUACAUCAACGAAUUCAUACUGGAGAGAAGUCCUUUAGAUGCAAAGAGUGUGGUAAAGCCUUCAGUCACAAGCCAUGUCUCGUUGCACAUCAAAUAUUUCACACUGGAAAUCCUCCCUAUGUAUGCAGUGAGUGUGGAAAAGCCUACUUUCAGAAGUCAAGUCUCGUUAGACAUCAAAGAGGUCACACAGAAAAGUGCCACAAAUGCAAUGUGUGUGGGAAAAGCUACUCCACAAAGUUCAUACUUAGCAGACACCAAAGAGUCCAUACAGGAGAGAAGCCCCAUGGGUGCAGCAGCUGUGGGAAAGCCUUCUGCCAUAAGUCCUCCCUCACUAAACAUAAGAGAACUCAUACAAAAGAGAAACGUGUCGAUUCAGUCAAGGUGGAAGAGGUUUCCUUGGAGAGCCAUGACUCAUGUGCCACAGAACCCAAACAGGAGAAAACCUCUGUUGAGACAGUGACAAUGCAGGGGCCUGCUAUGGCAGUGCAGGCAUCAUUAAACAUCCAUGGGUUCCUUGCCCGAGGGAAUGUGGUUCUUGUGGGAGAGCCUGUGGCCAGACGUGUCCCCUCAGGAGAUGGCAGAGUUUUCACAGGAGAGGAACCUCAUGAAUGGGGUUGUGUGGUACUGCCUUCAGUUACCAAUUAUGUCUUCUUUUAUGUCACAGGAAACAUGUAA